AUGCCGGUGGCGCGCGCGCCGCCUCGCCAGUCGCGCUCUCCGCCGCCCCACGCACGCGCUGACACGCGCUCGCGCACUCGCUCGCCCGCUCGCCCGCGCUCCGACGCAGCGCCGGCCCCGUACAGCAGCGCACUCGCCCGCGGCCACGGCGACGGCGACGGCGACCGAGGACUCCUCCAGCGGAUAUGGUCUGUGAAGCAACAGGCUCAUAAAAUGGGCUACUCAACAAGUACAUCCUACGUGCGAGAUAAAUGCUCUUUCGAGACUAGGUGGAGGUUAUCCAUCAAGCAGUGUCACGUGGAAUAUCGAAUCCUAGGCUCGUCUACAGGUGUAAUUUCCCGCAGACUGAGAGAAGUCUCUGCCGAAGACACGGCGAGCUCCGAGGAGUGCUUAGCCAUGAUCCGGAAGUCCCUCAAGUCUCCGAUGAUGAACGGCGGCACUCACUUCGAGGGCUCCAUCCCGCACAUCUUCGUCACCUUGGGCGCUUCGGGUGAUUUGGCCAAGAAAAAGAUUUACCCAACAUUGUGGUGGCUGUUUCGAGAUAAUCUUUUGCCAAGUAAUACAACCUUUUUUGGCUAUGCCCGUUCUUCAUUAACAGUAGCGGAACUGAGAGAGAAAUGUCAUCCUUACAUGAAGGUAAAACCUUCCGAUGAAGCCCGAUAUGAAGAGUUUUGGAAAUUGAAUUACUACGUGUCUGGAAGUUAUGAUGGACGACGCAGUUUUGAACUUCUAAAUCAGGAACUUUGCGCACAUGAAGUGGCAUCAGUGGCCAAUCGCCUAUUCUACCUUGCAUUGCCUCCUUCAGUUUUUGAACAAGUCACUGUACAUAUUCGCAAUGUGUGUAUGGCUGAGAAAGGGUGGACUCGUAUUAUUAUUGAGAAACCAUUUGGGAGAGAUGCCGCGACCUCGAAACAACUCUCAGAUCAUCUAGCUGGACUUUUCAAAGAAGAACAGAUGUACCGUAUUGACCAUUACUUAGGGAAGGAAAUGGUUCAGAAUUUAAUGGCUCUAAGGUUUGGAAACCGUAUAUUUGGUCCCACGUGGAACAGAGAAUGUGUGGCAUCAGUUCUUAUAUCUUUCAAAGAGCCAUUUGGAACACAAGGUCGCGGUGGCUACUUUGAUGAAUUUGGCAUAAUUCGUGAUGUAAUGCAGAAUCAUUUACUUCAGAUUUUAAGUUUAGUUGCCAUGGAGAAACCAGCUUCUGUUCAUCCAGAUGAUAUUCGAAAUGAAAAGGUUAAAGUUUUGCGUUUCAUUUCUGAACUGCGUCUCGAAGAUGUGGUGCUAGGACAGUAUGUUGGCGACCCUGAUGGUGAAGGUGAUGCUAAGUUGGGCUACCUGGAUGAUCCCACAGUUCCACGUGGUUCAACUACUCCAACUUUUGCUGUAGCAGUUUUGAAAAUUAAUAAUGAACGAUGGGAUGGAGUUCCUUUCAUAUUACGUUGUGGAAAAGCUCUGAAUGAAAGGAAAGCAGAAGUCCGCAUCCAAUUUCAAGAUGUCCCUGGAGAUAUUUUCAGUGGCAAAGCCAAGAGGAAUGAACUCGUAAUAAGAGUUCAGCCAGGAGAAGCUGUUUACCUUAAGAUGAUGAACAAGUCUCCAGGCAUGACUUUUGAUCUAGAAGAAACAGAAUUGGACUUGACAUAUGGAAGCAGAUACAAGGAAGUGAAAAUGCCUGAUGCAUAUGAGAGACUUCUACUGGAUGUGUUUUGUGGAUCACAAAUGCAUUUUGUUCGUUCUGAUGAACUCUCAGAAGCUUGGAGAAUUUUUACUCCAUUACUUCAUGAAAUUGAACACAAGAAAGUGGAACCUAUAAAGUACAAAUAUGGUUCUAGAGGUCCAAAGCAAGCUGAUGAAUUGUGCAACCAGAAUAAUUUCAAGUAUUACGGCUCAUACAAGUGGGUCCAACCCAAAAAUUCACUGUGAUAAAUUUGCAGCUUCGUCCAGCAUUAUACAAUCGCUGAAAUCAUUCCACAUACUGAGAGAGACUGUUUUAAAACUGUUUUCUACUACAAAAAAUUUUUAUAAGGUGUUUUAUUUAUCAAGGAAUUAAGGAAAGUGUGAAUCUUAUUUAUUUAACUUUCUUUAUUUGAAAUAUAAAAUAUUUCCAAAAUAAUAUGUUUCUUUAUUGUGUUAUUGAACUCCAAAUAUUCAAACUUCUUUUACUGUGUAAUUCAUUGGUAC